AUGCUAUCCAUAUCCCGCCUCCUCACUACAUGCACACUUGCCUUGGCUGCCUCGCGCGCCGCUCUCGCUAUCAGUCCUGGCUUUCCCUACGGCUCUGAGAAGGUUCGCGGCGUGAACCUAGGAGGAUGGUUGGUUCUGUGUCCAUGGAUUACUCCAUCCCUCUUCGAAGAAACGGGCAAUACCGCCAUUGUUGACGAGUGGACGUUUGGCCAAUACCAGGAUUAUGGAACUGCUCUAGCAGCACUCCAGAACCACUGGGACACCUGGAUCACCGAGCAGGACUUCAUUGAUAUCGCCGCCGCUGGUCUCAAUCACGUGCGGUUGCCUAUCGGAUACUGGGCAUGGGAGGUCGGUUCCGGCGAGCCCUUCAUCCAAGGUCAACUUCCGUACCUUCGCAAGGCUGUCUCGUGGGCACAGAGCCACGGUCUGAAGGUCAUCAUCGACCUUCAUGGCGCUCCUGGCAGUCAAAACGGUUUCGAUAACUCCGGUCAACUCAAGUCGUUCCCUGGAUGGCACUCCAACCAGACCAACAUCGCUAGGACCAAUGCCGUCAUGAAGCGGAUCGCCUCUGAGUUUGCGAGUCAAUACACCGUCGCCAGUAUUAUUGCCCCUUUGAACGAGCCUGCCGGCUUUGACGGUGCUGAUGUUCUCAGUGCGGUCAAGCAAUACUGGUUGGACUCGUAUGGCAACAUCAGGUACCCCUUCGACUCGAACGCGCAGAGCAACACUGUCGAGCUCAUCCACGAUGCCUUCCAAGACCUCAGCUACUGGAACGGUUGGCAAUCUAGCCCUCAGUACUCGGGCGUCGCCAUGGACACUCACAUCUACCAGAUGUUCUCAGACGCCGAGGUCUCCCAGACCGAGGAUGAGCACAUUUCGACGGCUUGCGACGAGGCUAGCGAUCUCACGUCUUACACCACCCUUUGGACCAUCGUCGGGGAGUGGACGCCGGCUAUGACGGAUUGUGCGAAGUACCUCAAUGGCCGCGGUGUUGGAGCUCGUUAUGAUGGUACCUACUCCGGCUCGUCAUACCACGGCAGCUGCGAUGGCCAGACCGGGUCAGGAUCGUCCUUCAGCUCCAGCUACAAGACUUUCCUCCGUAAGACAUGGGAAGCUCAGGUCAUCACUUACGAGAAGGCCGACGGAUGGAUUAUGUGGACCUGGAAGGCUGAGUCUGCCGAUGACUGGUCUUACCAGGCCGGUCUCCAGUACGGCUGGAUCCCCCAGGACCCGACUGACUUGAAGUACUCUGGUAUCUGUGGCUGAACAGUCUGAACCUCUUCUUGGACGAUACGCCAAUGACUUUUGCACGCACCCGGACUUUUGAACGCUUGGACCUGUUGUUGUUGACCGCGAACUCGC